AUGUCUUGCUUUGAUAGCACCAAGGGGAUGUUGGAGGAGGACAGCUAUGAUGGCGCAGGUGGUGGAGAGAUGACUGCUUGUGCCUUGGCGAUGAUGGAAAAGGAACGAGAAUCUCUUCUAAGCCCUUCAGAAAGUCCUGGCACCAUGAUGGGUACCUCCUCCAGCAGUCUUCAGUCUGCUGCCCCCAUUCAGGGCUACGAUGUAGAGUUUGACCCACCCCUGGAGAGUAAAUAUGAGUGUCCUAUCUGCCUCAUGGCUUUAAGGAAUGCUAUACAAACACGCUGUGGUCACCGCUUCUGCAAGAGCUGUAUUGAAAAGUCUAUUCGUGAUACAGGACAGCGGUGCCCUGUGGACAAUGAGAUGCUGUCAGAGGACCAGCUGUUUCCUGAUAACUUUGCCAAGAGGGAGAUUUUAUCCCUUACUGUUCGCUGUCCAAACUCUGGCUGUGGUGUGAAGAUGGAGCUCCGACAGUUAGAGAAUCAUUUGGCAGAGUGUCAGUUUGCCACCACGCCUUGCCCACAGUGCCAUCAGAAUGUGAGAAAAAGCUACCUUGAGGAGCACAAAACUGUUGCGUGCCAAAGAAGACUUGUCUCAUGUCCAGACUGUAUGACGAGCUUUUCUUACGAGGAGAAAGAGCUUCACGAGCAGCAGUGUCCUUUUGCCAAUGUGGAGUGUCCGUACUGUGAGAUGGAUCUUGUCAGAGACCAGAUGGAAUCACAUUGUGAUGCAGAUUGCCCCAAAGUACCCAUUGCCUGUAAUUUUAGCAUGUUUGGAUGUAAGGAAAGGAUGCAGCGCCACGACCUGGCCCAACACAUGCAGGAGUUCACACAGAUGCACAUGCGCUACAUGGCCGAGUUUUUGCAUGGGCAUUUCCCCAACGGCCCCAAACCCCUGCGGAUGCUGGGACCUUCGAUUUCCACCGAGGAUCAGGGAGCCACAGCGUUGGUGUCAGGCUGCGGUGGGCCUGGAGGGGCUGCAAGCUGCAGCAUCAACUCGACAACAUGUCAGCCCAGUGAGGAGAUGCAAAGGCUCAGAGAGAUGGACAGACGAUUGGUGAAGCAGGACCACCAGCUGCGGGAGCUCAUUAUCUUAAAGGAGACACAAACUGGGCAGCUUGCAGAGCUCAGGCGUAGGGUGUCUGUGCUGGAAGAAACAAUAAAGGAACUGGAGUCCGAGCAGUGCCACGGUAUCUUCAUCUGGCGCCUCAAAAAUUUCUCGACUCUCCUGCGCAACCAAGAAACGGGGCUGCCGGUCGUUGAGCACAGCCCCGGCUUCUACACGGGUCGUCCAGGCUACAAGCUGUGUCUGCGUUUGCACAUGCAGAGCCCCAACGCCCCGCGCUGUUCCAACUACAUCUCCCUCUUCGUCCACACCAUGCAAGGAGAUUUUGACGGGCAGCUGUCCUGGCCAUUUCAAGGGAACAUCCGUCUCGCCAUACUCGACCAGGGACCCGAGGCUCAGCAUCACAUGGAGGUCAUGGAGACAAAACCAGACCUGCAGGCCUUCCAGAAGCCCAGCAAUCACCGCAAUCCUAAAGGAUUUGGGUAUGUCACCUUUAUGCACCUGCACCAGCUGAAUCAGAGAAUGUACAUUAAAGACAACACUCUCCUGAUCCGCUGUGAGGUUACGCCACGCUUUGACACUGUAGUUUUUCGUGAGGGACCAACAGUGCAACCAAGAGGACCUGAAGCAUCGGUCUCAAGAGACUAAAGUCAAACUUAUGUCUGAUUUCUAUCAUGCUGGUGUGUACAACGUCCUAUGUUUUAGUCAUGGUUGCUCAUUUAGUAUCGUGAACAUUAGAGGAAAACUGACACCCGCAGUCAUUUAUAGAAGCAUCAGUGCUGGUAUUUUCAUCUUCUAAAUAUCAUAGGCUUUCAUUGUUUUCAAAGGGAUUUAACAGUUUGUAAGUUUCCCCUCAAAAGACCUGAUCUCACAGGGAUAACACAAUUUUAUAUAAAAUGAGUUGGUGGGGUCUGACUCUGUGACAUUUAUGGAAGUCUGACAGUUUU